UUUGCAGUGGGACCUUCGAAAGUGCAGGCUCAGUGAGAAAGGGCAGUGUAUAACGGUGCUACAGGCGGAUGGCUGCAGGGACCGCUGUCUUUCUGCGGGAGCACUUAGAGCGCACUGUGUCCGUGAGCGGCCCCGGCUCCUAGCAGCUGAGCAAGCGGCAAGGGAUGGAGAACCGGCUUGGACUGAGGCUUCCAAAGGUCACUGUUCUCCAUGAAUAUAUAGGGAGAAGAGUGUAUGAAGUUGUUCCAUGUGCAACUGUUCAAGACAUCAAGGAGUUAAUCUAUGUGGAAACGGAUUUUCCUGUUUCAGAACAGCGGUUACUAUACGAUGGGAAAGAGUUGUACGACUCAGCACAGAUUGAGAAUUUGUUGCAAACUGGAACCCAUGAGAUUAACUUGACUUUACAAGGAAGAGGACUUAAGGGAGGAGGCAAAUUUGGACAAACAACACCACCACUUGUAGACUUUCUUAAGGAUAUUCUGAGGAGGUAUCCAGAGGGAGGACAGAUUCUUAAGGAGCUGAUACAAAAUGCUGAAGAUGCUGGAGCUACUGAGGUGAAGUUUUUAUAUGAUGAGACAGAAUAUGGAGCAACUUCACUCUGGUCAGAGUUGUUGAAGGAAUAUCAAGGCCCAGCCUUGUACUCGUACAACAAUGCUGUGUUCACUCCUGAGGACUGGCAUGGAAUUCAGGAAAUAGCAAGAAGUAGGAAAAGAGAUGACCCCCUGAAAGUUGGGCGAUUUGGAAUUGGUUUCAAUUCUGUUUAUCACGUCACAGAUGCACCUUGCAUAUUUAGUGGAGCGCAAAUUGGCAUAUUGGAUCCACAUCAAUCGCUCUUUGGAUCCCACGAAAGCGGGCAGAGUUGGAAUUUAGCAAGUGAUCGCGAAGAGAUUAAUGGGCACCCAGACCAGUUUGCACCAUAUGUUGGAAUCUUUGAUAGCACCAAAGAAACCUUUAAAGAUGGUUUUUUUCCAGGUACCAUAUUCAGAUUCCCUCUCCGUAAGAAACCAUCCUACAUCAGCAACAAUGUGUAUAAUAAAGAUAAAGUUCUUGAGUUGUUUGAGUCAUUCAAAGCAGAUGCAAGUUCUCUUCUACUUUUCCUGAAAAAUGUGCAGAGUGUUACUUUAUAUGUCAGGGAAUCCAAUGGCACAGAGCAAAUCCUCUUCCGAGUGACUGUCUCUGAGGGGAAAGAGCUGAAACAUGAGAGGUCAAACUCCUUAAAAAUCCUAAGGACUGCUGCAGAUCGCUACUGCAAUAAUAUUCCAAACAACAAUAUAACAUGUGUGACAUACCAUGUGAACAUUGUGACUGAAGAUGUAGCUUCAAAGAAUGUAGAUGAAAUGUCUUGGCUUGUUUGCAACAGUGUAGGAGGCAGAGGGAUGUGCAAUGAAUUGGACUGUUUGGCUGAAGAUUUGAAGUACAUUCCUAAUAUUGCCAUUGCCAUGCCUCUGUUGGACAAUGAGGAUGUGAAAGGAGCUGUACCUCAGUUCAUAGGGCGAGCAUUCUGCUUUCUUCCUUUACCACCCAGUGAAGAAAGCAAGACUGGCCUGCCAGUACACAUCAGCGGCUUCUUUGGAUUAACAGAUAACAGAAGGAGUAUUAAGUGGCGGGAAGUGGACCAGUGGAGAGACCCAGCUGCGCUAUGGAAUGAGCUCCUCAUUAAUAACGUGGUUCCCAAAACCUAUGCUACCCUGGUUCUAGAAGCUGUCAAGCGAAUGCAAACUGAAAAAGACCACGCUUCUCCAUUAACACCUGAGGCCAUUCACAAAGUAUGGCCUGAUGUCAGCAAGAUCCGAGUGCACUGGAAGCCAAUUUUAGAGCCUCUCUUUAAGGAACUGAUUGAACAUCCUGUCAUCUAUUCAAUGAGCAAUCGCUGGGUGAAAGUUGACUUGGUUUAUUUCUGUGAAAUAGACAACAGCAAGGAGUGUGCAGAAACUGUUCUCAACUUCCUUAAUAAAGCGGGUAUACAGAUAGCCCGAGUGCCUGAAAAUGUCUUUAAUGCUGUCCAGGCCUACAGUUCAGACGCGAAGAACCUAAAGAGAGUCAGUCCUGCUCUGGUACGGCAGGUGAUUCGGAAAUUCAGACACCGAGGCAGUGCGGAGGAAAAGCUCCAGCUUCUGGAGUAUGUGCUAACUGACCACAACUUUGGAGAAUUGAUUGGACUUGAGCUACUUCCACUACAGAAUGGGAAUUUCAUAUCUUUUGAUUCAUCUGUAGCAGAUAAGGAUGCCGUUUACAUUACCACAGAUGAUCAUCCCAGGUCUCUUUUCCCCGGAUUGGAGAGAAGAUUGCUAGCUGAAAAUCUGAAGCCAUCCGUGUCGUUUUUGCUGAGGAAAGCUGCUGAAAGUCGAGGUCGGCUGUGCACACAACUGCAAAUAAUGACCUCCGAUCGUUCAGCACGUCUUAUUAAGGAACUGAUGAAUACUUGCUGGCCUGGGAGAGAGAUGAUGGUGCAGUGGUCGCCAGGAAACGUACAGAAGAAGCACCCACCCAUGUCUUGGCUGACAACAGUCUGGAGAUACUUAUACCACAACUUCCCUGAAGACCUGACUCUGUUUGAAGAAUUACCAUUGAUCCCCAAGAUGCCAUUGGACGAAACUCAAACCACAGUUAAUCUUUUACGUCUCCGAGAUCCAUCUCCCAUAAUCAUGGAAGCUGACAAUGAAUCCCAACUCCCUGAGCUCCUACCAGACACAGUUAAGAAACUUGGUGGAGUUGUCAUUAAAGAACUUGACCCAUGUUUGCAGCACCCCCUUAUAAAAAGAUACAUCCAUUCUCCUUUGCCUAGCACUUUGUUACAGAUCUUGGAUAAGGCUGCACCACAAAAGAUUUUCAGUCAGGUUAUGUUACUACCUCCAACACACAAAGUUGCACUGAGAUGUUUCUUAGCUAGUUUGCCAGAAGUGAAUGAUCGAGACAAGAAAAUUCUUCAGGAAUUGAUGAUUUUUAACAAAGUCGAACCAUCCUUUGAGAAAAGCAGCCGCAGUUUUAUCGCGUUAAAAGGAAGUAAAGUCUUGCAUCACACUGCAAAGCUUCCACCAAACAUCCGACUAUCCAUUCCAGUAGUAAAUUGCAGCGAUGAGGCUUCAAUCCGGCUUGUUACCUUGCUGAAAAUUGAACAAUUAAAAAGUACAGACUGCUUAAAGAUUAUAUUACAAGACAUUGAGAAAACCUUUUACUCUACUAAGGACAUCACAGAUAUUGUGGUUUGGAUUCUGAUCAAUUUAGCUUUCCUCAAGGAGGAAAAUGUAUUGUUUGUGGAAUGGCUGAGGUCCUUGAAAUUUAUAUCUACUUCUCAGGGAAGAUUAAUGUCAGCUAAUGAAUUGUUUGAUCCUGAAAUAGAAACAUUACAGAACUUGUUUUACGCGGAUGAGAAAACAUUUUUUCCUCCAGAGAGUUUCACCUCAACGCCAGAUAUCUUACACGCUCUGAGACAAAUAGGUUUAAAAAAUGAAGAUCAGAUAACUGAAAAGGAAGUUGUACAAGUGGCCAAAAGAAUUGAAGUGCUGCAGAGCAGUAACAAAGUUGAGCAAGAUCUGGUGACCAGAAAAGCUAAAACAUUACUUGCGAUUCUGCACAAACAAAAAAGUUUGUUGUUUUCGACUGAAGCAAAGGCAACAAUGCAGAAGUUAAAGUGGGUUCCAGUCUGUAAGAAGCGCCCUUUGAAUUACCCUCAAUCCCUAGCUUGGAAAGGAGAUCUGUUAGAUUUUCACAAGGCGUGUGAAAUGCGAAAUGUAUCUGAAGCUGUAUUAUUGGGCUCUGCAGUGCCCCUUGUGGAGAACAUCUCCUCGGAGGUUAGAACAUUAUUGGGUUUUUCCAAGGAGCCCAGUCUGAACAAGGUUUUAGGGCACUUGAAGAAUGUUGUCGAUUGGCACACAUCUCAGGAUUUCAAUGAUGAUGAAUGGUACCAGUUUCAGCAUUUUUUGCUCGAUAUUUAUGAGUAUAUGCAGGGCAAUCUGGAGAAAGGUAAAGAAGCAUUCAGAUCAUUGACAUUUCCCUGGGUGUGGACAGGAAAGCUUUUUUCUGUUCCUGAGCAGGUAGCUAUAAAACCAAUUCCAGAUCUUGAUCUGGAGCCUUACUUAUAUAUCCUUCCAAAAACCAUGGCAAAGUAUAAGAAGUUGUUUACCUUCUUUGGAGCACUGGAAGAGGUAAAUACUGAGUAUGUCUUCAGCAUUAUCAAGAGUGUCAAACAACAAUGUGGUGAUGAGAUUGACGAACAGGCAAAUAAACAAAACCUACUUCUGGUACUGAAUAUCUUAAGAUGGUUAUAUAGUAAUCAGAUCCAAGUUAGCCUUGAUACUCCAAUACCUAUUCAUUAUGGCAAAGAUCGCAACAGAUUAAUAAUGGAACCCAUUCACAAUUGUAGCUACUGUGACAUCAAAAUAGAUGAUCUUAAUGAAUUGCUUGAUGAUUCUUCAGAGCCCAUCUACUUAGUACAUGAGGACAUCCCUAUGAAAAUGGCUGAAGCACUGCAAGUGCCAUGCCUUAGUACCAGGCUCAUUAACCCAGAGAACCUGGGCUUUGAGCAGUCUGGACAACGAGAGCCACUCACAGUGCGCAUCAGAAACAUUCUUGAAGAAUACCCAUCAGUUGCAGAUAUAUUCAAGGAGCUGCUACAAAAUGCAGACGAUGCUGAGGCAACUGAGUGCAGCUUUCUGAUUGACACACGGAGAAACGCAGAUAUCCGAGAGAACCUUCUGGAUCCAGGAAUGGCUGUGUGCCAUGGGCCUGCCCUGUGGUCAUUUAAUAACUCUGAUUUUACAGAUUCUGACUUUCUCAACAUAACCAGACUAGGUGGAUCACUGAAAAGGAGUGAGGUUGACAAAGUUGGGAAAUUUGGACUUGGGUUCAACUCUGUGUACCAUAUUACAGACAUCCCUAUAAUUUUAAGCCGUGAGUUUAUGAUAAUGUUUGAUCCAAAUAUCAAUCAUUUGGGAAAGCAUAUCCGUGACAAAACAAAUCCUGGGAUUAAGAUCAAUUGGAACAAACACCAAAAGAUGUUAAGGAAAUUCCCCAAUCAGUUCAAGCCAUUUGUGAAUGUAUUUGGUUGUGAUUUGCCACUUACUGUUGAGAAGCCUUUCUGCUAUUUGGGAACUCUUUUUAGACUUCCUUUCAGAAUGGAGGAGGAGGCAACUGUCAGUGAAAUUAGCAGUGUGUCCUACAGUACAGAGGAUAUCUAUUCUCUGGUUAAUGAGUUUAGCUUGUGUGGCCACAGGCUAAUUCUCUUCUCUCAGAAUGUAAAUACCAUGUUCCUAAACUACUUAAAAUCAGAUGAAACUGAUCCUGCCUUGGCACAGACCAUCAUUGCCAUCAAGAAAAUAGUGUGUUCAUCGAAAGCUGUGACAACACCGAUGAACAUCUUAAAGGAGGCUGCAAAACUGAUGAAAAUGCUUGCUAAUACAAGACAGCUUCCAUCUGAAGCACCGAGGUGUGCCUGCAUAGUACAAAUUGUGGUAGAUGAAUUUUUUCAGGUGUUCAGACGGAUUGUAGAUCUCCAGUCGCCACUAUUCAGAGGUCCAGAAGAAGAAACUACACCUUUCUUUGAAGUUUCAGCCAAAACAGCACAGAACAAAAAGGUAAAUGAAGACCUACCACAAAAAGUGACUGAAUCCACUACUUGGUUGAUAUGUUCAUGCAUGGAUAUUGGAGAAGCUCUGAUAUUUUCACUGCAAGAAAGUGGAAGAAGAUUAGGACUUGUCCCAUGUGGGGCUGUCAGUGUUUUGCUGUCUGAAACAGAAGACAACAAGUGGAGCAUUAAAACAAAUGGCAGUGCUUAUGGGGAAGUGUUCUGUUACUUGCCUUUGAGAAUCAAAACUGGAUUACCAGUGCAUAUCAAUGGUUGCUUUGCAGUUUCCUCCAAUCGAAAAGAAAUCUGGAAAACAGACACAAAAGGGAGGUGGAACACGAUAUUUAUGAGACAUGUGAUUGUUCAAGCAUAUUUAGAAGCUCUCGCUGUGUUACGAGACAUGGCUGUUAAUGGAGAACUUGUUAAUUACAAUUAUUAUACCCUCUGGCCUGAUAUUGCCUUGGUUCAUGAUGACUUUGCUGACGUGUGGCAAGGCCUCUAUGAGGACAUUGCCAAAGGAAGAGGAAACAAACUGACAGAAGUAUUUUCAGAUGGCACUUCCUGGGUUUCAAUCGAAAACAUUAGAUUUUUGGAUGAUGCUUUGCUUCACAGACCAGUUGUUGGGCCUUUGGCUUUUGAGAUACUUUUGAAGUUCCUUAAGAAGGCAAAGCCUCAACCAUUGUGUGCUGUGGAGCUUCCAUCUUGGGUCAGAGCUGGCUUUGAAGAGGCAGAAUGCAAGAGUAUAUUAUUGGAGAAUACCUUUUCUGAAAGGCAGUUUUUUACAGAGGCAUUUUUCCCAUACAUUGAAGAGCUUGAGGCAGAGCUGCGAGAUCCUUUAAUGCUUUACGUUCUUGAUGAAAAGGUAUUGGAGCUUUCAGGGUUCCUGCGUGUUACCUGUUGCAUACCAUCUUCAGGGGAGCACCACCAGCUAUCUGUUCCCUCAAGACUCAUCCAUCCAGAAGGUCGAGUCGCUAAGUUAUACGAGCCAAGCGAUGGGCGAUUCCCAUUUGGAACUACACAAGACUAUUUGAACCCAGUCCGUUUAGUAAAACUGGUGCAGCUUGGCAUGAUUAAGGAUGACAUUUCGUGGGAGGAUUUACUAGAGCGGGCAGAGUCUGUGGCAGCACUGAAUCAAAGUGACCAUGGAGCAGCUUGCCACCGUAGCAGCAUCGUUCUGAGUUUAAUUGAAGAGAAAGUGAAGUUUCGGGAUCACAGAGCCAAAGACUUUGCUGAGAAAUUUCAAUCCAUACCCCUCUUUCCUUUUCUAAAAAAGCCUCCUGGUUUCACAUUGCAGUGGAAAGGAAAUGACUUUCAGCCUGAAACCAUGUUUGCAGCGAAGGAGCUUUACACCGCUGAGUACCAGGAUGUAGUUUGUCUUCUACAUCCUAUUUUAAAUGAAAAUCCCCCCAGUAAAGGAUGUGGUCCCCUAUCUUCUGGUGUCAAAGAUCUCUUUGGGUUACUGAAAAAACCACCUAUUCUUGUAGUGUUGGAUCAGUUAAAGAAAGUAGCCACUUGCUCUGAUGGUAUUACCCUGUGCCAAGAGAGCAUCACAAAUGCUUGUUACAAAUACCUUCAUGAGGCCAUGUUGAAGAAUGAAACUGUAAAGUUACAGCUUAACGAAGAACUUCAGAAUUUUAAUUUUGUUCUGGUCGAAAACACCUAUGUUGAGUCAGCCAAGGUUGCAUUCCACCUCAACUUUGAUGCAACUCCUUACCUGUAUCAGCUCCCAAACAAGUACCGGAACAAUUUCCGUGAGUUCUUUGAAAAACUCGGCGUCCAAUCUUCGUUCACAGUCGAAGACUUUGCGUCCGUCCUUCAAGACCUAAAAACGGAAUGUGCCCAGGAGCCCUUAAGCGAGACUAAUUUUCAACUCUGCCGAAGAAUCAUUAGUGAAGGUGUGUGGGGUCUCAUUAGAGAGAAAAAUCGAGACUAUUGCAAGAGAAAGUAUGGAACGCUUCUGUUGCCAGACAGUGAGCGGUUCCUUGUUUCAGCGAAAUCCCUGUGUUACAAUGAUUGUCCUUGGAUAAGAGUAAGUGAUAAAAGUGUGAAAUACUGCCAUUCUGACAUACCAAGAGAGGUAGCGGUUAAACUUGGAGCACUCCCGAAGCGCCACAAAGCUUUAGAGCGUUACGCGUCCAAUAUCUGCUUUGCAACUCUUGGCAGUGAAUUUGGACAGAAAGAGAAGCUAACCAGCAGGAUUAAGAGCAUUCUCAAUGCUUAUCCUUCUGAGAAAGAAAUGCUGAAAGAACUACUCCAAAAUGCAGACGAUGCCAAAGCCACUGAGAUCUACUUUAUCUUCGAUCCUAGAGAACAUCCAGGAGAUCGAAUCUUCGAUGAGAAGUGGGCCCCCCUCCAAGGUCCUGCAAUUUGUGUUUACAACAAUCAGCCAUUCACAGAAGAUGAUAUUAGAGGCAUUCAGAAUCUUGGGAGAGGAACAAAGGAAGGGAAUCCAGGUAAAACUGGGCAGUAUGGAAUAGGAUUCAAUUCUGUGUAUCAUAUAACAGACUGCCCAGCAUUUAUUUCUGACAAUGAUGUACUCUGCAUAUUUGAUCCCCAUGCAAGGUAUGCUCCAGGGUCCACCAAUGUUAGUCCUGGGCGUAUGUUUCGGGAUUUGGAUUCAGACUUCCGAACCCAGUUUGCAGAUGUGCUGAACCCAUUUCUUGGCACUCUUUUCAAACUUGAAAACGCCACCAUGUUUCGGUUUCCAGUACGAAAUGCUGAGAUGGCCAAAAUGUCUGAAAUCUGUCAAGUUCCUGUUUCAGAUCAAAUGGUACAGAAUCUUUUGGACAAACUGCGUAGUGACGGAGCUGAGCUUCUAAUGUUUUUAAAUCACAUGGAGAAAAUUUCCAUUUGCGAGAUUGAAAAGGCAACUGGGAACCUAAAUGUUCUCUAUUCUGUGAAAGCUAAGAUUACGGACGGUGACAGAUUGAAACGGAAACAGUUUCACAUAUCUGUACUUGAUAGUGUCAAUAAAAGGAAACAACUUAGCCAAAUCCCCGUUCAACAGAUUACUUACACUAUGGACAUUGAAGAUUCCGAAGGCAACCUUACAAGCUGGUUAGUUUGCAACAGAUCAGGUUUCUCAGAUAUGGAGAAAGUGUUAAAGUCUGUUAUAUCAGCCCAUAAAAAUGAAGACAUAACCCUUUUCCCCAGAGGAGGAGUUGCUGCCUGUAUCAGCCACAACUACAAAAAACCUUACAGAGCUUUCUGCUUUCUGCCAUUGUCAUUGGAGACAGGGUUGCCUGUCCAUGUAAAUGGGCACUUUGCUCUGGAUUCAGCCAGGAGAAAUUUGUGGCGCGAUGACAAUGGUAUUGGAGUGCGCAGCGAUUGGAACAAUAACCUUAUGACAACGCUGAUUGCUCCAGCCUAUGUGGAGUUGCUGGUACAGGUACGGAAACGCUACUUUCUAGGUGCUGACCCAUCUAUAACAGUUUUGCACAAUACACCCAUUCAUGUUUUGAAAGAUUUAAUGAAAAAGUAUAUGACCUUCUUCGCUGCUAAUAAAGCUGACAUACAGCCAGAUUGGUACUGCCUUGUGAAAUCUGUCUAUUGUUGUCUUCAUGAUGAUCUCAAGCGUCUUCUGCCAAUAGUCCGCAUACCAAAUGCAGACAGUGGAGAACUGCAGCCUACAAUUUUUAUUAGCUGGGUGAAUACGUCCACAACGAACAGAAAUCGAGCUUUCUUUGACAAUUUGCUACAAGAUGAACUGCAGCACAUGAAAAACACAGAAUACAAUAUAGCAGUGCGGAAAGCCAUUGCUGAGAAUGUUUACAGGUUGAAAAAUCUGCUUCUGGACAUAGGAUUUAACUUAGUCUACAGCUCUGAUGAAACGUCCAACAUUUACCACUGUUUUGAGGAGUCAGGAGCUCCUGUGCAAUAUGUGACACCUGCUGACGUGCGCGAGUUCUUGCACUCGUUCACAUCGCCUGAUUCAAGCUGUCACCUUGGAAAGUUACCCAGUCGAUUGCACCAAACUACCUUGAAGCUGUUCCACAAUUUGAAACUCUUGGUUGACUACUGCUUCAAAGAUUCGGAAGAGAAUGAGAUUCGUGUGGAAGGCCUCCCACUUCUCAUUACUCUCGAUAAUGUCCUGCAAGUGUUUGAUGCAAAGCGCCCAAAGUUCCUGACAACCUACCACGAAUUGGUUCCAUCACGUAAAGAAUUGUUUAUGAACACACUCUACAUGAAAUAUAAUAACAUCCUGCUCAAUUGCGGUGUUGCAAAAGCUUUUGAUGUCAGCAGCUUUGCUGAGUUGCUAUCAUUUGUGCUGCCGAGAGAAUACAGAGCAAAAUCUAUUGUGAAAUGGAAAGACAAUUUUGGAAGUGAAUCCUGGUUGAAGAACUGCUGGCAUUUUAUUAGCGACACGAUUUCUAUUAAGGAAGGGGAGGCUGAGAUCAGACCAACAUUUGAAACGAUCAUUGAGAUAUUAAAAGACUGGGCUUUGUUGCCUUCAAUAAAGUUCACCGUUUCUAGCAAUAGGAUGCUAGUGCCAGAGUGUGAUGUUCUGGUACCCCUCAGUUUGAUGACUGUCCCUAUCUACCCGAAUGGCCAGAAUGAAAAAGUUUUCAAUACUCUGAUGAAGGCAGGUUGCAUUCAACUAGCAUUAAGUAAAAUUUGUGCUAAAGAUAAUAUUUUAGUUUCACAGUUGUCCUUGCACAUGGCAAAUGUUGAGAGUCCCGCGAGCAUUCUGAAGGCUCUUGAUUAUAUGAUCCGAACGUCAACACUCAGGACAGAUCACUUGUCCGACAAUGACUUUGAUGUGCUUCUGAUGUACUUCAACAGCAACUUGAAACAACUGACAGCCCAAGAUGACGUAAGGAUUCUGAAGUCCCUGCCGUUUUAUAAAGCAAUUAAUGGCAACUAUGUCAGUAUUUUCAAAUAUGGCUCAUGCUUUGUUCUAACAAAGAGCAUUCCUCUAACUGGGAUCGAUAGAUGGGCAAUGUCUACUGCUUUUGCAUUUCUUGCAGACAAUCCCCACCUGAAGGAGCUGUAUGCUUUCCUCAAUUGUACUCCUAUCGAUGAUCUUGAAGUAUAUUUGAAGCACUUGCUGCCCAAGUUUGAUAACCUGUCCAGUUCAGCUAAGAUCGAACAUCUGGUGCAUUUGAAGAAGAAACUUUCUAACCUGGAGGAAGGAACCGCAAUCAGGGAAAAGCUGUUUGAAAAGCUUGAAAGUCUCGCAAUUAUUCCGGACACAUCGUACCGCUUAAAGCCUGCAAAGAAUUUUUAUGACAGAACAGAAAAUGUUUUUGAAGUUAUGCUGCCAGAAAGCGCUUUCAUUUCUCAGGAGUUUUUUCGGAAACUGGAGCAAGUGGAGAAACCUAAGAACCGUGCGGCGUUCCUUACGUCAUGGAUAACGUUCUUCCGAAACAUAGGAUUGAAGUACUCAGUCUCCCAACAGCAGUUGUUGCAGUUUGCUAAGGAGAUUGGAGCUCGUGCUCAACCAGAGAAUUGGUCCAAAGAGACCAUACAGAACAAGGUUGACGUCCUGUUAAAUCAUAUAUUUCAAGAAAGGACAGACCUGUUUUCUGGAAAUUUUCUGAAGGAGCUUUCAUUGGUUCAGUUUAUCUAUCCAGAACGUGCACCAGCAGAUCUUUUGAAACUUCACCCCCAAUUUCAAGAAUUAAAUGGGAUCCUCCCUCUAAUACAGUUCAAUGGCUCUCAGGUCAAUCCCAAAUUCAAGCAAACUGAUGUUAUGCAGUUGCUGUGGACAUCAUGUCCAAUUCUCCCAGAGAAAGCAAUACCUCAAAGUAUUAAGGAGCAGGAAAAUAGCAAACUUAGUAACCAGGAGCAAGUAGAAGAAGUCCUGGCAAUGCUCAAUGUCAGUCUGGAUCCUCCACCUGACAAAGUCAUAAGCAACUGCAAAAACAUCUGUAACAUUGCAGCUCCGGAGGAUGACAUGAUAAAAACAAGAGUCAAAGUCUUACGCAGUACUUAUGAAUAUUUGAAUGCAGAGAAAAAAGAUUUCCGUUUUCAGCUUCGAGGUGUUGCCUUUGUGAUGGUCGAAGAUGGUUGGAAGCUGCUCAAACCUGAGGAGGUUGUAAUAAGCCUCGAGCAUGAAUCUGAUUUUAAACCUUACCUGUACAAAUUGCCUUUAGAACUGGGCACUUUCCAUCAGUUGUUUAAACUUCUGGGUACAGAGGAUAUUGUUUCCACACGACAGUAUAUUGAAGUUCUUGGACGUAUAUUUAAAAUAUCUGAGGGGAAACAGCUGGAGCCAAAUGAGAUGCGAACUGUCAAGAGGGUUGUCUCUGGUCUAUUUAAGAGCCUUCAGAAUGACCCAGUAAAAGUCAGACUUGAUCUUGACAAUGUUCGAGAAUUAGGUCUUUAUCUUCCAAGUAGUGAUGGUAGAUUAACAAAGUCCAACAUAUUGGUUUUUGAUGAUGCCCCACAUUAUAAAAGCCGAAUGCAAGGUAACGUAGGUGUCUUAAUGCUUGUGGAUCUCAGCCAGUGUUACCUCGGCAAAGACCAUGCUUUUCACACAAAACUAAUCAUGCUACUUCCUUCAAAGUUGAGGCCGAAGUUACUUAGUGGAAUCUUGGAAGAGACCCUGGAUGAAGAAACACCAAAAAUAUGUCAGUUUGGAGCACUUUGCUCGUUACAGGGUCGUCUUCAGUUGCUGCUGUCUUCUGAACAGUUCAUCACUGGUCUCAUCCGGAUAAUGAAGCAUGAAAAUGACAACGCCUAUCUGGCGAAUGAGGAAAAAGCCAGUCGACUCUGCAAGGCCUUGCGUGAGGGUUUGAAAGUUUCUUGUUUUGAGAAGUUGCAGACAAGUCUUCGAAUAAAAGGAUGUAGCCCAAUCCCUCACAGUAAGAGUGAAACCUUAGCAUUCCUGAAGAGAUAUGGAAAUGCAGUGAUACAUCUGUACAUCCAGCAUGCAGAGAGCAAGGAUAUCAAUUUCCUCUUAGCUCUAGCAAUGACUCUUAAAACUGCAACUGACAACUUGAUUUCAGAUACCUCCUACCUGAUAGCUAUGCUUGGUUGUAAUGACAUCUAUAGAAUCAAUGAAAAGCUGGACAAUUUAGGUGUUAAAUAUGAUUCCUCUACUGAACCUUCAAAACUUGAGCUGCCUUUGCCAGGUACACCUAUACCAGCUGAAAUUCAUUACUUACUCCUUAUGGACCCUAUGAAUGUAUUUUACCCAGGAGAAUAUGUUGGCUAUCUUGUUGAUGCUGAAGGUGGUGAUAUUUAUGGAUCAUACCAGCCAACCUACACUUAUGCCAUUAUUGUACAAGAAGUAGAAAGAGAGGGAAAUGAGAAUUCUAGCUUUUUGGGUAAGUAUUUCCAAAUUGAUAUUGGGUACAGUGAGUAUAAAAUUGUAAGCUCUCUCGACCUGUAUAAAUUUUCGAGACCUGAUGAAAGUUCCCAAGGACGAGACAGUACUCCAACCACACCCACAAGCCCCACAGAAUGCCUUUCACCCGGUCUCCGGCCAAUUCCUCCCCAUUUUCCUGGAAGGGAAAGCCACAGACUGCCAACUUCAAAGAGCCAGUCUCCAAAGAAAAUAAAACUGCACGCUCUGCCUGAAAUCCUUCGAGAGGUCACAGCAGUGUUAGAGCAGGCUUGGAGGCUACCUGAACCAGAAAGGAAAAAAAUUAUCCGGCGGUUAUACCUCAAGUGGCAUCCCGACAAAAAUGCAGAGAAUCUGGAGAUUGCAACAGAAGUCUUUAAACACCUGCAAAAUGAAAUCAAUCGACUAGAAAAACAAGGACUUGGAGGUUCUGAUUUCGGCUCAGACCGGGCAUCAAGGAGGGCUUAUCCCUCAUCAUCUGCUCGGUUCCAAUCAGAAAAGUUUUCGUUUCAGAGGUUUUAUACUUCAUGGAACCAAGAAGCAACAAGCCAUAAAUCAGACAGACAGCAUUUUAAAGGGAGGUUUGCUUCAGCACCAGGUUCAUCACACUCCUCGCGGUUUUUUGUGCCUCCAACUUAUAAAACUGUGGGCAAUCCUAUAGAGGCGCGAAGGUGGCUCAGACAGGCUCGGGCAAAUUUUUCCGCAGCCAGGAAUGACCUGCAUAAAAAUGCCAAUGAGUGGGUGUGCUUCAAGUGUUACUUAGCAGCAAAACUCUCUUUGAUAGCAGCUGAAUAUGCAGUCAAAGGCAAGUCUGACAAAGAUGUCAAGCCAAUUGCACUUGCACAGAAAGUGGAGGAAUACAGUCAAAGUCUGGCAGGACUUGUAGCCGAUGUAAGUACUCUGGAAGCGUAUGGUGUUGAUGGAUUGAGGACCCGGUAUCCAGACCUCCUCCCUUUUCCUCUAAUUCCAAAUGAUAAAUUUACAUCUGACGUUGCGAUGAGAGUGAUGGAGUGCACUGCUCGGAUCAUCAUAAAACUGGAAAAUUUCAUUCAGCAAAAAUUAUAAGUUCACACUCAGUACAAUUCACAAAUACAUGAACUCUAACCAGGGAAGUAGUUCAUUAUAAUCAACUUCCAGACUGCUCCUAGCAUUUAAUUCAGUCAAGUUUUGUUUCUGGGAAAAGAGUGAUAUGAACAUCUGAAUGUUUUCCUUAUUUAAUCUUAACACUUGCGUUCAUUGAGACUAUUAAAUUAUUUUUAUUUAAUGUAAUAAAAUGAAUAAUAUUUGAAAGCUGAACUCAGAUCCAAGGCUCCAGCCAGAAAUAUCAGUAGAAUAAAGGAGCAAUUUAAAGUUGAUAUUGUAGUAUGAGUAAAGCAAUACACUGCAUUUCCUCAACACUACAGCAUUGCAGUGGGUCUUGAGCCUAAUUUGCUUUAGUAAUGGAGAAAGUAUUGUUUUAAAUAUAUACAGUAAACAAUGCUAGUUAGUUUACUUGCUGCAAACUGUACGUAUGA